AUGAUUGGAGUAGCCGACAACGAGGAUGUUCCGUGGGAGCAAGCAACUAAAAGAAAUAGACUCACAAUUAGAGAGUGGUUCGCAUUUCGUAUUCAAGCCAGAAAGAAUGAGGCCCAAACAGUUAUCAGAUCAAGAAGGUUAUUUCAACAGUUUUUGGUUGAUGGUUAUACAAUGAUGGAAUCUGAGAGACUUCGAUGGUUAAGAAAAAAAUCUAAACUUCGAGUUGGAAAGUAUAACUAUCUAACAGAUGUCAGAACCAAUGGACAUACCGAUGGUGCAAACACAGGGAAAAGGGUUGUCCUUCCAUCUUCGUAUGUUGGUAGUCGCAGAUACAUGGAUCAACUUUACUUUGAUGGAAUGGCAAUAUGUAGUUAUGUUGGAUUCCCCGAUCUAUUCAUAACGUUUACGUGUAAUCCAGACUGGCCAGAAUUGAAACGUGUACUUGCUUCUAAUAAUCUGACACCAGUAGAUCGGCCGGACCUCAUAACGAGAAUAUUUAAGAUGAAAUUCGAUGAGUUACUGUCAGAUUUGACUAAAAAAAGUAUUAUGGGCAAAGUUCUUGCAUAUAUGUACACCAUUGAGUUUCAGAAAAGAGGCCUGCCCCACGCUCAUAUUUUGAUAUUUCUACAUCCAUCCAGCAAAUAUCCAACACCUGUUGAUAUUGACCGUAUCAUAUCUGCCGAAAUUCCGAACAAGGACACCGACGGAGACUUAUAUAACUUGGUAAAAAGUCACAUGAUUCACGGACCAUGCGGAAACGCAAACCGGUCUUCGCAAUGCAUGAAGGAAGUCGUCGAUCAAGAUGGUUAUCCAGUUUACAGAAGAAGGGACAACGGCCACACUGUCAUUAGGAAUGGCUAUGAUCGAAUAACCGCUGCAAUUGUCAUGAAUGAAAAUGGAUGUCCUAUCGAGAGUCAAGAUGUUGAUGAAAUCAAGCAGUAUAUUGACUGUAGGUAUGUUUCUCCAAGUGAAGCAUCUUGGAGAAUUUAUGGUUUCCCCAUUCAUGGAAGGAAACCAGCUGUGGAAAGAUUACACUUCCAUUGCGAAGGUCAACAUUCAGUCUACUAUACUGACAUCAGCAAUGUUUCUAAUGUUCUUGAGAAACCAAGUGUAACUGAAUUGAUGUUUAUGGCAUGGUUUGAAGCUAAUCAGAAAUACAUCGAAGCUCAACAGUUAACUUAUAGCAAUUUUGUUUCAAAGUUUGUAUAUGUCAAAAAGAAAAGAGAGUGGAAACCCAGGCAGAAGGGUUACACAAUUGGCAGGUUAAUUUGGGUUCCUCCAACUACAGGAGAAUUGUACUUUCUCAGAAUGAUGCUAACACAUGUGAAGGGCCCUCGAAAUUAUUCAGAACUGAAAAUAGUUAAUAACGUCAAGUACGAUACAUUCCGUGAUGCAUGUUUUGCAAUGGGUUUUAUUGGGGAUGAUCGCGAAUUUAUAGCUGCUAUUUCAGAGGCAUUUCAGUGGGGUUCUGGCCAUUAUUUAAGAUUUCUUUUUGUCCACAUGUUAUUGUCAAGUAGCAUUAACAGACCAAGGCAUGUAUGGAGCAAAACACGACAUCUUAUAUCCGAUGGAAUUCUUUACUCUCAGCAGACUAUUGCCAACAACAGAGGUUUGAGGUUAUCAGAACAAGAAAUCUACAAUCUGACAUUGAUUGAGAUAGAAAAGCUACUACAAUGCAAUCGUAAGAGCCUAAGCGACUUUCCUGGGAUGCCAAAACCACAAGGAUAUGUUCCCGAAGAAUUUGGCAACAAGCUUAUUUACGAAGAGCGGAACUACAAUCCCGAUGAACAACUUCAAGAAUUUAACAUGCUGUAUCAGAAUCUCACAGAUGAAGAAAGGGAUGUAUUCAAGCAAAUCAUGAUGGCCGUGAAUAACCAGAAUGGAGGCGUGUUCUUUCUUUAUGGUUACGGCGGUACAGGCAAAACCUAUAUGUGGAGAACAUUAGCUUCUUAUAUAAGAUCAAAGAAACAAAUAUGUUUGACAGUUGCUUCUUCUGGAAUUGCCUCACUAUUACUUCCAGGUGGCCGGACGGCGCAUUCUGAAUUCAAAAUUCCAAUUCCCACGCUUGAAUCUUCCACAUGCGACAUAAACAAAGGGAGCGAUAGAGGUGAUCUACUAAAACUAUCAAAGUUGAUAAUCUGGGACGAGGCUCCAAUGUGUCAUAAAUUUUGUUUUGAGGCAUUGGAUAAAACUCUGAAGGAUAUCAUGGGUGGAUCCAAAGCAUCAAAUAAAAUAUUUGGAGGUAAGGUAAUAGUCUUCGGCGGUGAUUUCAGGCAAAUUCUUCCAUUUAUUCCAAGAGGCAGCCGCUCAGAUAUAGUUCAUGCUACAAUAAAUUCAUCAUACAUAUGGGAUCACUGCAAGGUUUUGAAACUUACAAAGAACAUGCGACUACAGCAGUCGGCAACAUCCACCAGUUCUGCAGAGUUAAGACAUUUCUCAGAUUGGAUUUUAACUGUUGGAGAUGGGAAGAUAUCAGAACCAAAUGAUGGUUACGCAGAGAUCGACGUUCCUAAAGAUCUGUUGAUCUCUAACUUUGAUGAUCCCCUUGAGGCAAUAUUUGAAAACACUUACCCAAAUUUUGAUGUUAAUUUCAAUAAUGUGGAUUUUCUACAGUCAAGGGCAAUAUUAGCUGGAACCAUAGAGACUGUUGAUCAAAUCAAUCAGUAUAUUUUAGAAUUUGUUCCCGGUCAAGAGAAAGAGUAUUUAAGCUCGGAUUCAGUUGAUACCACAAACGGUGACGACAAUGAAUCUUUUGAUGUUUUAACUCCUGAAUUUUUGAAUGCCUUGCAAGCUUCUGGUGUCCCCAAUCAUAAAAUCAAAUUGAAAAUCGGUACUCCAAUAAUGCUUCUCAGGAAUAUUGAUCAAGCAGAAGGUCUUUGCAAUGGAACACGUCUCAUUGUUACCAAAUUGGCCGAUCAUGUUAUCGAAGCAAAAAUUAUUUCUGGAAAGAACAUUGGUGGUGUCGUAUACAUUUCACGAAUGGACAUAACUCCGACUCAAUCCCCAUGGCCCUUCCGAAUGACCAGAAGACAGUUUCCUAUAACGGUAUGCUACGCUAUGACAAUUAACAAAUCUCAAGGUCAGUCUUUAGAUUUUGUCGGUAUAUAUUUGCCAAGAAGCGUGUUCAGCCAUGGUCAAUUUUAUGUGGCAGUUUCAAGAGUAAAGAGCAAAAAGGGUCUAAAGAUUUUAAUUCACGACAAAGACAAACAACCAUUGUCGGUGACGACGAAUGUCGUUUUCAAUGAAGUCUUUGAAAAUUUAUAG